AUGACUUUGGUUUCUUUUUUCUCUUUCCUCUCCAAGCCGUUGAAAAUACUCCUUAUCAAUUCAAGCUGGAGGCUACCCCAGCCUUCUUUUUUCCUGGUAGGGAUUCCGGGUUUAGAGGAAAGCCAGCACUGGAUCACACUGCCCCUGGGCAUCUUUUACCUCCUUGCUCUAGUGGGCAAUGUUACCAUUCUCUUCAUCAUCUUGAUGGACCCAUCCUUACAGCAACCUAUGUACCUCUUCCUGUCUAUGCUAGCUGCCAUUGACCUGGUUCUGGCCUCCUCCACUGCACCCAAAGCCCUUGCAGUGCUCCUAGUUCAUGCCCAUGAGAUUGUGUACACUGUCUGCCUGAUCCAGAUGUUCUUCAUCCAUGCAUUCUCCUCCAUGGAGUCAGGGGUACUUGUGGCCAUGGCUCUGGAUCACUAUGUAGCCAUUUGUCACCCCUUGCACCAUUCCACGAUCCUGCAUCCAGGAGUCAUAGGGUGCAUCGGAAUGGCGGUGCUGGUGCGGGGAUUACUAGUCCUCAUCCCCUUCCCCAUUCUGUUGCAAAAACUUAUCUUCUGCCAAACCACCGUCAUAGGCCAUGCUUAUUGUGAACAUAUGGCUAUUGUAAAACUUGCCUGCUCAGAAACCACAGUCAACCGAGCUUAUGGGCUGACUGUGGCCUUGCUUGUGAUUGGGCUGGAUGUCCUGGCCAUUGGUGUUUCCUAUGCCCACAUCCUCCAGGCAGUGCUGAAGGUACCAGGGAGUGAGGCCCGCCUUAAGGCCUUUAGCACAUGUGGAUCUCAUGUUUGUGUCAUCCUGGUCUUCUAUGUCCCUGGAAUUUUCUCCUUCCUCACUCACCACUUUGGUCACCAUGUACCCCAUCAUGUCCAUGUUCUUCUGGCCACCCUCAUGCCACCUGCACUCAGUCCUCUUGUCUAUGGGGUGAAGACUCAGCAGAUCCACCAGUGAGUGCUCAGGGUGUUUACACAAAAGGAUUGA